CGGGUCGAAUUCGUGCGGAACAGUGAAAAAUUUUAGACACCGUCAACCAACACAAAACUAAUCACAAGAUGGAUGUACGGAAAGUGACAGAAUUGUUGCGUGCCACGAUCGACCCAGCGCAACAGAAGCAAGCCGAAGAGCAACUAAAUCAGAUUCACAAAAUUAUUGGUUUUGCACCUACACUACUCCAAGUGGUAAUGACUGCAGAGGAUAUGCCUGUGCAACAUGCUGGAGUUAUAUAUCUGAAAAAUUUAAUUACAAAAAGUUGGGCUGACAGAGAAAGUGAAAAUGGUCCGGUUGAAUUCAGCAUUCAUGAACAAGACAGAGCCAUGAUUCGUGAUGCAAUUGUUGAUGCUCUUGUGCAUGCACCACCACUUAUCAGAGUACAAUUGGCAAUGUGUGUCAAUAAUAUUGUAAAACAUGACUUCCCUGGAAGAUGGACACAAAUAGUGGACAAAAUCACAAUAUAUUUACAAAAUUCAGAUGCUUCCUGCUGGCCAGGUGUUCUUUUAGCACUUUAUCAACUAGUUAAAAAUUUCGAAUAUAAAAAAGCAGAGGAUAGAGGGCCACUGAAUGAAGCAAUGAAUCUCUUGUUCCCUAUGAUUUACCAAUUGAUAUUACGACUUCUGCCAGAUAACUCAGAACAGUCAGUCUUACUGCAAAAACAAAUACUAAAAAUAUUCUUUGCACUUACACAGUACACUCUUCCUCUGGAUUUGAUUUCGAAAGAAGUUUUCUCCCAAUGGAUGGAUGUAGUGCGACAAGUAGCCGACAGACCUGUUCCACCCGAGACGAACAAUCCAGAUUUGGAUGACGAUGAACGAGCUGAAUUACCAUGGUGGAAGUGUAAAAAAUGGGCACUUCACAUUCUACAUAAGAUGUUCGACAGAUAUGGCAGUCCCAGGCAUGUAACCAAAGAAUAUAAGGAGUUUGCUGAAUGGUACCUGAGAACUUUCAGUGGAGGUAUACUUGAAGUUCUUUUGAAGAUAUUGGAUCAAUACCGAAGAAAGAUAUACGUGUCACCUAGGGUGAUUCAGCAAUCGAUUAAUUACAUUAAUCAGGGAGUAAGUCAUGCAUAUUCAUGGAAAUUCUUGAAACCACACAUGUUCGAGAUUAUUCGCGACGUACUCUUCCCAAUCCUUUCAUAUUCUGCUUCAGACGAGGAGCUUUGGAAUAAUAAUCCAUAUGAAUAUAUCAGAGUGAAAUUUGAUAUCUUUGAAGAUUUUGUAUCUCCGGUAACUGCAGCACAGACUUUACUACGUUCCGCCUGCAAAAUGCGUAAGGGUAUGCUCGAAGAAACCAUGCGAUUUUGCAUGGAAGUUUUAACUAGUCCAAACGCAGAUCCCAGACAAAAGGACGGUGCGUUGCAUAUGGUUGGAAGUUUAGCAGAUGUGUUAUUGAAGAAGAAGAUCUACAAGGAACAGAUGGAUAAAAUGUUGUUGCAAUAUGUUUUCCCUGAAUUCAAUAGCCACCAUGGACACAUGAGGGCCAGAGCAUGUUGGGUAUUACAUUACUUCUCCGAAAUAAAAUUCAAGCAGGAGCAAAUAUUAGUUGAGGCCAUUAGAUUAACGACGAAUGCUCUUCUAACGGACCAGGAUCUACCGGUUAAGGUAGAGGCUGCUAUCGCUUUACAAAUGCUCCUCUCUGCUCAGGAUAAAGCACAAAAGUAUAUAGAACCUUUGAUCAAACCAAUAACUCUCGAAUUAUUGAACAUUGUACGAGAAACUGAGAACGACGAUCUGACAACUGUAAUUCAGAAAAUUGUUUCUACAUAUUCGAAUCAGCUUAUGCCAAUUGCUGUACAAAUGUGUCAGCACCUAGCUGCGACUUUCAGUCGAGUGCUCGAAACUGACGAAGGCAGUGAUGAGAAAGCUAUAACCGCCAUGGGAUUGUUAAAUACAAUAGAAACUUUAUUAGGUGCAAUGAUAUUGCAGCCACAAAUUAUGGCCCAGUUACAGCCUAUAGUGCUUCAGGUUAUUGCACAUAUUUUCGGAGAGAGUGUCAUGGAUUUCUACGAGGAAGCUCUUUCAUUGGUCUAUGACUUGACUGGACAGACAAUUUCAGGAGACAUGUGGAAAGUCUUAGAAUGGAUGUAUCAGUUAUUCCAGAAAGACGCAUUUGAGUACUUCAUCGAUAUGAUGCCCGCCCUUCACAAUUACAUCACAGUUGAUACCCCAGCAUUCCUCUCGAAUGAGAACCAUGUGUUGGCCAUGUUUAAUAUGUGCAAGGCUGUAUUAACUGGAGAUGCUGGAGAAGAUCCAGAAUGUCAUGCUGCCAAACUGUUAGAGGUUAUAAUCCUGCAAUGUAAAGGACAUAUCGAUCAGUGUAUACCUUCCCUCGUGCAAUUGGUACUGGAGCGCUUAAUGCGUGAAGUGAAAACCUCUGAGUUAAGAACAAUGUGUUUGCAAGUAGUGAUAGCGGCUCUUUAUUACAAUCCAGCAUUGUGUCUCGAAACAAUGGAUAGAUUGCAAGGAAACUUCGGGCAGUCAACAGAACCAAUUGCAUCUCACUUUAUCAAGCAAUGGAUACAUGACACAGACUGUUUCUUGGGAUUACACGACAGGAAGCUCUGUGUUCUUGGACUGUGUACUUUAAUUAGUAUGGGUCCGGCGAGACCAGCAGCAGUAAAUGAAUGUGCUCAACAAAUCAUACCGUCUUUAAUCCUACUUUUCGAUGGUUUAAAGAGGGCCUAUGCGGCUAAAGUGUCUGACACAGAUGACGAAGAAAACGACGACGACGAUAGCGAUCUCGACGAAGAGGUAUUAUCAUCGGAUGAAGAUGAAAUCGAUGAUGCUAGUCAAGAAUAUUUGGAGAAGCUACAAGAAAAAGUGACAAGGUCGUCCACGCAACAUGGUUUCAAUGUAUCAGCCUCUAUUCAAGAUGGUCAUGGUGAUCGUGGAUCAGACGAUGACGGUGACGAUUCCGAAUACGAUGCCAAUGAGGAAACUCCUCUUGAAUGUUAUGUAACACCUUUAGAUUCGGAAGACACGAACCAAGAUGAAUAUAUUGUUUUCAAAGAAGUUAUGCAAAAUAUUGAGGUAUCAGACACAGUUUGGUAUAGAGUAUUAACUGAUCACUUGACUUCGGAACAACAAAAGGCGUUACAGGAAAUUAUCCUCCUCGCAGAUCAACGCAAAGCAGCUCUAGAAAGUAAAAGAAUUGAACAGAGUGGGGGAUAUGCUUUCCACUCUCAGACUGUACCUACAUCGUUUAACUUCGGUGGAACGCCUCUGACCCGAUAAAGACUCCCGGUCGUUUAUAUUUUUAGCUUAAAUUCCAGGGAAUAUGUUCUUAUCUCGAUAUCCAAAUCGCCGUGCUUCUUCGCCGAGCUCAGACCAAUCCAUUGUCCAGCGCGAUCGAAUCUUUUUUUGUACGAGAAAGGAAACGGUUUUCGUGCGAGAAUGAAAGCAACAAGUAUGACAGAGAGUGAGACAUGUACCGUAUGUAUUUGCAGAUGCGUGAUUGAGAGCGAGAGCGAGAGAGAGAGAGAGAGAGAGAGAGAGAGAGAGA